AUGCCGCGGCGCCGGAAGCCAAAUGCGGCACAGGCGCCAAUGGAGGACGCGGCAAGUGCCAAGGAGCCCGCGGCCGCGGCAGGGGGCAAGAAGAAGGGGGAAGACCUGCCGGCCGCGGCAGGGGGAAGAAGGGGCGGGGGGGCAAUAAGAGGCACCAAAGGAGGGCGCGGCCGCGGCAGGGGACAAGAAGGGCGGCGCGGCUGCGAAGAUGUUAAAUAUGCUGAGACAGAGCCAGAGCUGGAGCUGGAGGAUCCGGAGCCGACGCUAGAGCAACAUCUGGAGGUGCCGCCGAAGCAGCCGGACCAAGGGCAACAACUGGUGCCGGUGCCGGUGCGGAAGCGCCGUGGCCGUCCAAGGAAAGAGAAGCCGGACCAAGCUGAAAUUAAAAGGUAUGACUCGUGA